AUGUCCCCUGUGGCCCUUCUUCGAAAUGCUCUGCGGGUUCUCGUCCCCCUUGCUGUAGCAUCUACUUUUUAUCUGUAUCUGUACCCCGUCUUUAUGGGAUGCGCCUUUCCUUUACCACAAUCUUUGGAUCGAAACGAGUCAGACAGCGGCGCUGCGUUCCAGGAUACCCUGCGACAGCAUGUCUCCAGGUCGAGCAGCUCGAGCAGCGCAGCGCCUUUUCGUCUCCUUGCACUCGGCGACCCGCAGCUCGAGGGCGACACGUCCAUACCCAACUAUUACGGCGAGCCCUUCCCUCACCUGGCCGACGUGAUUCGACACCUGUCUUUCAGGACGAGCCAUCCCUCGUUGCGCAAGCGAUUACAACAGACCUUCCAUGACCUCGUCGAUUUCUACUUCGACGACAUCCCCCACACUGUCGAGUCGAUACGGAAGCGAAUAGAUCUGUUUGGCAACGACUUCUACCUCGCCCACAUCUACCGCACCCUGAAGUGGUGGUCCAAACCUACCCACGUCAGUGUUCUCGGAGAUCUUCUGGGCAGCCAAUGGAUCCAGGAUCCCGAGUUUGAAAGGAGAAGCUCCAGGUUCUGGAACCGCUCCUUCAAGGGCGGAGAGCGGGUACCCGACGAGGUGGCAGCAUACCCUUCCGACGAGUACGGCCUUGCCGGAUUACUCGGCGUGCAAGAUAGCGAUGCGGCGGCCUGGCAGCGAAGGAUCAUCAACGUUGCCGGCAACCACGAUGUUGGCUAUGCCGGUGACCUGACCGUAGAGCGCCUCGAGCGGUUCGAGCGUGUCUUCGGCAAGGCGGCAUAUGAGCUACGAUUCGAACUCCCUCUCUCGAACCCGGCCGCGAAUGCGACAAUCUUCCACCCCGAGAAGAACCCCGACUCUGUGCGCCUUGCCCCUGAGCUCCGCAUUGUCAACGUGAACGACAUGAAUCUCGACACUCCCGCCGCCGAACAGAGCCUCCAGGAUAAGACCUAUGGAUUUAUCAACGACGUGAUCAAUACAGCUUCAGCGGUCGAGUACAAGGGGCAUUUUACUCUUGUACUUACUCAUAUCCCACUCUACAAGCCUGAAGGCAUCUGUGUCGAUGCACCAUAUUUUAGCUUUCAUGAAGGUGGGGGCGUCAGAGAGCAGAAUCAGCUGUCUGCCGACGCUUCUCGCGGAUUUCUGGAGGGCAUCUUUGGUUUGAAUGGCGACCCCAACGCGCCUGGUAGUGGCAGAGGCAGGCGAGGUGUCAUACUGAAUGGCCACGACCAUGAAGGCUGCGAUACGUAUCACUAUAUCAACCAGACCCUGGAAGGUGAUGAGCGCCAGUGGCAGGUUACACGUUGGCCAGCUGCCCAGAGUAGUCGUCUGCCUACACAAUCUGGCGCCCCGGGCUUGAGGGAGAUUACCGUCCGAGCCAUGAUGGGCCAAUACGGCGGAAACGCCGGUCUACUCAGUGUUUGGUUCGAUGAGGACUCAUGGGAAUGGAACUUCGAUUUUGCGACGUGUCCCUUAGGCCGCCAAUACUUCUGGUGGGCUGUUCACGUCUUUGACCUCAUCGUUGUCGUUGUUAUGCUGUCCCUCGGCAUCUUGAAAGCAUGCCUGGCAGCCGGACUCGAUGUGGACAAAUGGCCUCGAUCAUAUGCGUCGGCAUUACCUCGCAAGGACAUAUUGGAGAAAAAGCCAAAUGUAAGGAAUGGCCAUAUCAAAAAGGGUUGA